UACGAAUUCUUUGCAGUCAAAACGGCAGGAAAAUAAUAAAAAGCGGGAGAACCCUAAGUGUUCCUGAGAAACAACUGAAAAGAAAUGGGGAAAGCACAGCUUGGCCAUCUCACCAAUCCAAUUGAUCUCGUUUCUAAAACUCCUGAUAUUCCUGAUCAAAUUUUAAAGCAUCGCACUUGUUGGCUGCAAGUCUUAGCAAAUUUGCGUUCUCGCAGAAUCAAGACAUCUAGACAACAGUUAAAGGACUUUGAAUUAAAUGCCCCGUGUUUUUUAGAUACAAUCCCUUGCCGUAAACGAUCAACGAGAACUGUUAAGUGCAAGAAUGAAAUCUCUAAACGACAGAAUAGAAAACAGAACAAACUAGACUCAGGAAAAUUUGAGUGCCACUUGGAUAAUUUGUGGAGGAGCUUACCGGAGGAUAAGAAGUCUUGUUUUAUGUGCCUUGAUUCUUUAUGGUUUAGCUUGUAUACUAAGGCAUCUACCAAAGAAAAGGUUUUGACAUGGAUUAAGAAGAAGAACAUUUUCUCAAAAAAAUAUGUUCUUGUUCCCGUUGUUUGCUGGAGUCACUGGAGCCUGUUAAUUUUCUGUAACUUUGGUGAGAGUUUGCAGUCAGAAACAAGAACUCCGUGCAUCUUGUUGUUGGAUUCUCUUGAAAAGGCAAAUCCCAGGCGAAUUGAACCAGACAUAAGAAAGUUUGUGUUGGACAUAUAUAGAGCAGAGAAUAGGCCUGUGACUAAGGAGGCAAUUUCUCGAAUUCCCCUUUUGGUGCCUAAGGUCCCUCAGCAGAGAAAUGGUGAAGAAUGUGGUAAAUUUGUUCUAUGUUACAUUAAUAUGUUUGUGGAGAGUGCUCCAGAGAAUUUUAACAUUGAUGGCUAUCCUUACUUUAUGGAAAAAAAUUGGUUCAGUCUAGAAAGCAUGGAACUUUUAUGCAAGAAGCUCAAUGCUUUCUAAAAUAUUGAUUUUCCUAGUGUGUAGAUGCAAUCUAUGAAACGUUAUGAUGUAGGCAUAUUAUAUUGACUCCUCCUGUAAUGAAAAUAGUGACUUGUAUCUAAGUUUCACUCGGGACUACCGCGGUCUUGCAGUCUUACUAUUAUUUUUUCAGCCAUGCUUCUCUGUACUGAGUAACAGGAGCUCUCCACAACAGUAUUGAUUGUUGUUUGCCAAAUGAAUUAUUUAUAGAAAUCGACUUGAACAUUAAUAUAGAGCCUGGAAAAUUUCUAGGGCAAGUGAUCACUCCACUUUGACUGUACAAGCUUGCCAGUUCAAAGCUUCAAACGAUAAGAAUCGUCUUCUCUUGUGCUCUCGGAUAAUAUCAGCUCUGAAGACCGCACUCCUGAAGCGUUUCGGUGUCUUCUCCUCAGGAUCAUCACCCACAUUAAUCUGAACAUUGUAAUAGUAAAGAAUGUUUGCAUUAACCAGUGAAGGCCACACCACCGCAGUAAUAUCAUCAUGAUCCGUGACUGAGGGGGCAAACUCAGUCGCUCUAGCUGUGACUAUGGGGGUAAACUGGUUUUGGACCCUUUGGGUAGGCGACGUUAGUUGGUGGUUGUGGCGAUGAUGAUUUUGAGGGGACAAGAGACGAGAAGAAUUUAGAGACGGCUGUCAAAGGCCACAGCCAUCAUCACAUGAUUCAAGGAUCCUUAACGCAUCACUUUUAAAUGUUGAAUAAAAUCUGUCUGAUUAUAUUACUUUUAACUUUGAUAACUAGAGGUAAUUAAUUAGCAGCAAA